AUCCUAAGUCGCGCGUAAAUUAUUUAGCAAUUUCAGAAGUCCAUGAAAUUUAAACAUUAAAGGAGAAAAACAGACAUCAAUAUUAUGACUGCUUUCAAUUUAACUGGAGUAAGUGAUGCUAUAAAAGAUCUUAUAGACGAAGACGGAGUUAACUUUGCCGGUUUAGCUGCAAAAUGGGAAAGCGCAAACGAUGUAAAAGAUCUUAUCAAAGCGAUAAAUGAGUGCAAGAAGUUAAACUUUCUCAACUUAGAAGGAAAUACUCUUGGCUGCGAAGCUGCAAAACUAAUCGGUGAAGCUCUAAAGAAACAUCCAGAAUUUAAACGAGCUUUAUGGAAGGAUAUGUUUACUGGCAGAAUGAAAACAGAAAUUCCACCAGCUCUUAUUGAUUUAUCGAAUGGAGUUAUGCAUGCAAAUGCUCAACUAACAGUUCUCGACUUAUCUGAUAAUGCUUUGGGUCCUAAUGGAAUGACUGGUUUAGAGGAAUUAAUUAAGAGUCCUUCAUGUUAUUCCCUCAAAGAACUUCGCUUAAUGAAUUGUGGAUUGGGAAUAACUGGAGCUAAAAUGCUUGCUAAAGCACUCACUCACUGCUACAAGAAGAGUGUUAUAAAUGGAACACCAUUACAGCUUCGUGUUUUCGCUGCUGGACGUAAUCGCUUGGAAAAUGAAGGAGCAAAAGCAUUGUCAGCUAUUUUCAAAGAAAUUCAGACACUUGAAGAAAUCACAAUACCACAAAAUGGAAUUUAUCAUCCUGGAAUGUCGGCACUUUCAGAAGCUUUGAAAAUGAACACGAAAAUGCAAGUAAUCAACUUCAAUGACAACACGAUAACAGCAAAAGGUGCAGAACCACUAGCUGAAGCACUUUAUGCUAUUGAGACACUCCGUGAAAUAAAUUUGGGCGAUUGUUUGUUGAAAGAUGAGGGAGGUCAAAUAUUAAGUGACGUCAUUGCUGAUUGUCAUCCAAAUCUUGAAUAUUUGAAUCUAAGUGGAAAUGAGAUUGGUCCUGAUGUUGGCUGUGCCAUUGCUAAUGCAAUGGGACAUAAAGAAAGUCUUUAUCAAUUAAUCUUGGAUUGUAAUCAAUUUGGUGAAGAUGGAGUUGAAACGAUUUCUGAAAUUAUGGAAGGAUUUGGUAAACUCGAUGCUUUAUCGAUUGAAGAUGACGAAGGAGAAGCUGAAGAAGAUGAUGAAGAUGAUGAAGAAUAUCGAGAUGAUGAACAAGGAGAGGAAGAGGAAGAAGAAGAUCAUGAAGCUUAUUCAGACAACGAAUCUGGUGGAGAAAACGACUGCAUCAUCACGAACACAUCUUCUAACUUCAGUCAAAAUAACUUUGAAACUUCACUCGACAACAGCGUUUUACUCAACACGAGUUCAUCGAAUGAUGAUCCAGUCGUCACAUUUUAUAACAGUAAUGUUCCAACCAUUGAAAAGUUUAAUGAAAUCAAAGACGAAGAUAAAUUGAAAUCUUUUAAGAAUGUUUUGUCGAAUGCUUCUGUUGGUGAUGAUUACUUAACUCAUUUAGUUUUCGCAAUUCUUAAACUUUCAUCCAUUGGAGAGGAAUCAGAGGAAGCUAAAACAAUUGCACAAGAAUUAUAUAAAGAAGCUUUUGAAUAUGGAAAGAACAAAGAUCGCAUCAAAAGCAUUCGAAACUUUUUCCUCAUCCAACUUGGACUCCUUAAAUCUGAGGAGAAAGAAUUUUCACCAAAGUACAACAUGAAAUCAUGUCGAUCAGCACUCGCCAAUGCUAUCAAAGAAAAUUCACUUCCCGAUGAUGAAAAAUCGAUCUUUGAACAUUUCUUGAACGCAACAAAAUAAUUUAUAUUUGCAUGUCUUUUCUCAUUUCCCUUUCUUUUUAUUAUCCAACAUUGUUGACUUAAUAAAAAUACAAUUUCAUUCUCAAACUAAAUAGGUAUUAUCUAAGUAGUUAUUGAC